ACGAGUGGUAAGCACCAAGUCGUGUUCGCGAGCGCCUUAAUGACACCAAACUAAAAACCGUAUCCGUCAUCGCAAGUCCGGAUUGACACUAGGGACAAACUAAACCCCGACUCCGCCACUGUUAGUCCGGAUUUUACACACCGGGACACACUAAAUUACGUUCCCGACAGUGUACAUGUCCGGAGAAGUCUCGUGCAGUCAGAUUUAAUUAACGGAUAAUUAUGCUGUUCAAAUGGGAAACUUUGAUUUUCAUCCUUUGUUCAUUUUUUGUUCAAAAUGUUUUCCCCGCACCUCGCAGCUGGCCAACUCGAGGAAGGAUAUCCCGAAACCCUGGUUGCCGGGACUUGCUGGACGUCAUUGUGGUUGUGGACGGGUCAGACAGCAUCACGGCUAAGGACUUUGUGACCUUGAAGCGGUCACUUGUGGACCUAAUUGACGGACUACAAUUAGCGGACGACCAGGCCAGGUUAGGACUUGUACUAUACAGCAGUGAUGUGGCCGCCAAACUCCCACUUAGUGCAGACCGGAGACGACUGCGCAUUGAUACACUGGCACUUAUUCAUCCGCGUGACGGAACCAGAACCGACUUAGGUAUCCAAGCGAUGCGACAGAUGUUUUCGGUUCACGGUCGACGUAACGUCCCACGAGUCGGUAUCGUCAUCACCGACGGUAUCUCCAAGGUUCCUACGCAGACUGCACGUCAGGCCAACGUUGCUCAGACGGAGGGGAUAGAUAUGUUCGCGGUGGGCGUCACACAACUCAUUGACAACGAUGAACUUCAAGCGAUAGCUAGUAACAAAUCGAAUGUCAUGUCGGUGUCAUCUUUUGACCAACUGAAGCAUGUCGUCUCGUCGCUGGUCCGGCAAGUGUGUCCAACAACAACGACAACAACGACGACUACAACUACCACUACCACCACGACAACGACGACCACAACUCCUAAGCCGACUACAACUACAACCACGCCCACUACCACUACAACUACUACAACGCCCGCACCAACUACUACCAAACCUCUAGACCCGUGCGAUGGCUGUAGGAUGAAGAAUGGUGCUGGUUUCAACAGACAUCCAACAGACUGUGACAAGUUCGUGCAGUGUUACUUCACAGCGGACGGAAAGCGGCAACACUCCAUACAGGAAUGUCCAUGGGGAAAUUUCUGGGAUCAAGAUUCCAUGACAUGCCAGCCAGCCCACAUGGUCUACUGUCUGACGGACAAAUGUGGUGACCCAUACAUGCAAGCCUACAAAUACACGGCGGACUGCCGAUCUUUCUGGUACUGCAACAGCGGAAAGUCAUUUCCGAUGUGUUGCCCAGCGAACACAUCCUUCAUCGAAAACGUCGGCUGCGUCCCUGACAACGGUUGCCAGGAGCAUUGCCCACCACGUGACUCUGGUAACCCGCCAAGAUUUGUGAAGAGGAAUCAUAACCCAGACGAGCCACCGGUUUUGGCGGCUCCUGUACCAAGAACAGGCGAGACUCCAACAAAGCAGACAGAGUGUGACAAGAAAGAGAUCUCAGGUGACCCAAAACAUUUUGAACAACUCGUCCCUCGGAGUGGCUGGGUCCGGAUGCCGUGUGCUCCCGGGACAAGUUACAACCAACGGGAUUGUCAGUGUACUGUGAUGUCCGAAUACAUCAAAAAGGACGAAGGUUGUAAAUCUAAGGUAAGCCUGAACUUCGCCACCUACAUCGAAGAGACCAAAGACAAGUCUGUAUAUGUCGUAAACGAGAACGUUUCCGUUGCUCAUGGUGUCGCAAUAUUCGACGGAAAGAGUUCCCUUCGCGUGCCCCAGCUGUCUAACAUGGACCUUGGAGAUACUGUCGUACUAAAGAUCCGGUAUAAAGACAAGCCCAGACGACACCCAAGGGCCACUUCUCGGCCCCAGGCUCUCAUCAGUAAUGGCGACUGUGGAAACAACGCAUCCGUCCUUCUCGCCAAAGACGAUAGCAGUAUAAUGUUCGGAGCGGAGACGGACAAGGGCGGAUACACCAGUUUCUCAAUCCCUACUCCGGAUACUGAGUGGAAGGAUGUGACGUAUUUUUUUAACGAUGGAGUUCUGGAAGGAAAGGUCAAUGACGUCAUAUAUGCACAGAGAUCUGAGGGUCUGAUAGAACGCCGGCCAUGUGCUCUCCAGAUAGGUCAUGGGCAGGAUAUGGAUGACUUCGAAGGGGAAAUGGAUGAUAUCGAAUUCUUUACCUGUAAACCUGACGAUUUUGAUAAAUGAAGAAGAUGACCUGAUGACGUAACAACUACCGAAAUCCACUGUAACCCUGCAAUGUCGCGCGACCCAACCUGUCCAUCAUACCUAGUCUCUGAUGUAUCUGUCGCCUAUCCUAAUUUGUCUCAUUAAGGAUGCCCGGUCGGUGAUGCAGUAGCCUCAAGUGAUAUUUUAAAUCAUGGAUCGUCAAAUAUAUAUCUAGAUGUUCUAUAUAAAAACUAUCAAAUAUAACCUGAACCCUUAUUUAUUUAAGUUUUUUCCCCCUAAUAAGUUUUAUUUUCAAAUAUCACCAUAGCUCUUAGUAAAGAGGUCUUUUUACCCCACCACACAUAAACAAACAAUAUUAUAUAUCGAUUUGUUGUAAAAUGAUUACACGGUUUUUUUUUUAUUCUUUAUUGAUAUGUCGGUCGCUCUACAAUUUAUUGAUUACGUUUGUUUAUCAAUAUUUCAUAACAAAAUGCACAACAUAUCAAACGAGCAAGUGCUUAAUGGGAAAUAAUGGGGACUCUCGCACUUUUAUGUGAAAUUGGUUGUUUAUAAUGAAUGUUUAAUAAACUGAUAUCGUUGUGCUUAAACGUAGGUAUAGCUGUCACAAGCAGAUUCAUAAAAAGAAUUUAAGUAGAACCCCCAGAGAAGGAAGUGAUCCCAUUUACCAAACCGAAAAAAUAUAUUCGAUCCAGAGUUUCAUUCAUAGUAAAUGCUAAAACGUUUUCAUGAAAAAUUAAUUCUUUGGAACAUACAUAUAAUUGUAAAUUACAGCAUAUAAAAGAUACAGGCGAUAUUUCGCGUUAAGUGUAGAUUAGCUGUUUAGUUUACAUUUAUUACCAGAAAUAUGUAAAGUAAUUAAUCUAAUAGACUGGAAUAACAAUUCUGUGUCCAUUACCUGAAACACUGAAAGACGUUAUGUGUAAGGGUCACCGUUGUACAUAUAUAUCGUAGAGCAGAAAUAGUAUGGGUUUUUUUUGGGGUUUUUUUUGUUUUGGUUUCCGGUUAUUGUUUUGUAUAAACAAGUUAUGCGUUAUCUCUCGUGUGUAGCUGAUGUUGUGUAUUGUCAAUAUGUAACUUAUUGAAUAUAACAAAAUGGUCGAAAGAUGGCCAUCUUGGAUUUUUACAGUUAAAAGUUGUUUACGUAUAGUUUUGGUACGAUUAUUUAUUGACAAUGAAGCAUUCUUUGACCGACUGUCUCGAAAAUGUGAUAAAAAAUACUUUAUACUAACCAACGAAAUGGCGGCAAAACGCACAUCUCGCCAGUUAUCGCGUGAUAAUACAGCCAACCCUGUGUGUAAAGGCCGCUCAAUAGAGCAGAAAACGAUGUCCUACAUUUGGAACAUAAACAUGUGGUCUUUAAAAGUGUUUUUU